AUGCACAAACGUCUGCGCCGUGUCGACGAUGCGGUUUCUCAGCCGGUAAAGGCUGCAAAGCUGGGAGGCGGGCAGGAGCUCCUCUCUUUUACUGUCGAAGUUGGUGACGGGACACCGCGCAGCCCGUAUCGCCUUCCGCUGCGAACGAAGCCGAACGCCUCCCGCUGUCUUCACUGCCCGACCCACACGUGCUACUGCGUGUGGUUUGGCGAGCAGCUGGAGCACUGCUACGCGUCUCUCGCAUUGAAGCGGGAGACGGAGCGCAUCAAGAAGCGCGAGCUGUGCGCCAAGUCUAUCUUGCCACCUUUUGUCACUCGACUCAUUCGCAUUGCCAACGUGGCGACCGCGGAGACGUUUUAUGAUUUAGGCUGCGGAAACGGCAGCGUGCUUUUCCAGGUGGCCGCCUUGACAGGUGCGCGGUGUGUUGGGGUGGAGAUCAACCCCCACAACGCCCAGCUUGCAAAGGAUGCGUGGGCGUUUCUUCGACCCAUCUUCGAGGCAAGGUUCAAGCGCCAACUGACAGUGGAGAUUGUCUGCGCUGACUUCUGCACUCUCCUAUGCGAUGCGGCGUACUUUCCUACGCCGUGCGUCAUUUGGGCGGCAAAUCUUCUGCUGCCCAAGUCAGUGAAUCACUACCUCUCGGAGCGGCUGCGCAGCGUGCCGCGUGGGACGCGCAUAAUGUGCUUCGAGGAUAUGUACCCGCACUCCCGCUCACUGUCUCGCUUGCGGGACCCUGACGCGUUCGAGAAGUUUGACAUGCUCGACUACGAGUGGCAGCCGGACAGCGUUGAGUGGUGCUCCCAGACUGGCCGGUUUUUCUUGUAUCUGAAGCGCACUUGA